GCGCGGCGCGCCGGGAGGUAGCCGGGCGGGACGCGGAGAGCGCGGGGGCCGCCAUGGCCCGGCGGCGGCGCCGCGCCUGCAUCGCGCUGUUCUUGGUGCUGCUCUUCGCUUUCGGCACUCUCAUGGGCCUGCGCACGCUCAAGGCUCCGGACGGACUCCCGGCGCUGGGCCCCGGCCUGGAGCUGGCGCCCUUUGAGCGACGCCCCGAGGGGGGCCCCGCGCCGGCCGCCCGAGCCCCGGCCGCCCCCGCCGCGCCGCCGCCGCCGCCGCCUCCGCCCCGCACCGCGGGUCCGGGCAGCUCCCCGGGGCCGGCCCCAGCGGAGGCCGAGCCCGCCCCCGGGCAGAGUCUGCGCGUCUACUCGGACCUGCACGCCUUCUACUACUCGUGGUACGGGAGCCCGCGGCGCGAGGGCCACUACAUUCACUGGGACCACGUCAUGGUGCCGCACUGGGACCCCAAGAUCUCGGCCAGCUACCCCCGCGGCCGCCACAGCCCCCCCGAAGACUUGGGCUCCAGCUUCUACCCGGAGCUGGGGCCCUACAGCUCCCGGGACCCCGACGUGCUGCGGGAGCACAUGACCCAGCUGAAGGAAGCCGCCAUUGGCGUCCUGGUCCUGUCCUGGUACCCACCUGGCAUGGCUGAUGAUAAUGGGGAACCCUCAGAUGACCUGGUGCCCGCCAUUCUGGACGCUGCCCAUCAGCACAACAUCCAGGUGGCCUUCCACAUCCAACCCUACAAGGGCCGAGAUGACAUCACUGUGCAUGACAACAUCAAGUAUAUCAUUGACACGUAUGGCUCUCAUGGUGCAUUUUACCGCUAUAAGAACAGCAUGGGUAAGAGCCUCCCACUCUUUUAUAUCUAUGACUCCUACCUGACAUCCCCUGAGGCCUGGGCCCACCUCCUGACACCGAACGGGCCCCACUCAAUCCGCAACACCCCCUACGAUGGGGUCUUCAUAGCGCUGCUGGUGGAGGAGGGCCACACCCAUGACAUCCUGGCCGCCGGAUUUGAUGGCAUGUACACCUACUUUGCCUCCAAUGGUUUCUCCUUCGGCUCCUCCCAUCAGAACUGGAAAGCUGUGAAGAACUUCUGCGAUGCCAACAACCUCAUGUUCAUUCCCAGCGUGGGGCCUGGCUACAUUGACACCAGCAUCCGGCCCUGGAACAACCACAGUACGCGGAACAGGGUCAACGGCAAGUACUAUGAGACGGCCCUGCAGGCAGCCCUGACCGUGAGGCCCGAGAUCGUCUCCAUCACCUCCUUCAACGAGUGGCACGAGGGCACCCAGAUUGAGAAGGCCAUUCCCAAGAAGACACCGACUCGGCUGUAUUUGGACUACCUGCCUCAUCAGCCCAGCCUGUACCUAGAGCUGACGCGCCGCUGGGCAGAGCACUUCAUCAAAGAGAAGGAGCAGUGGCUGAUGUGAGGGGCCUGCAGGCAGGGGCGGGAGGUGCUGCCGUCCCAGCCUCACUGGAAGACGUCACCACGUGGGGCUCGGCACUCGCUCCCGAGUCAGCGGCUGAGUGCUUCUGAGGCAGGUGGGUGCCAGAGUGCCCUGCAGGGACAGGAAACUAGGUGGUGUUCCAGAGAGGGAGCCCCAGGGGCUGGCCGGUGGCUGGGCUUAGCCCAAGGCAGCCCCACAUCCUCAGUGAGAACACUUUAAGACAAUCCCGUCUAGCCUGGAGCUCAGCUGGUUGGUGUUCUGGAGUCGCCAAGUCACUGGUCUUAGAAGGGUGUCAGGGCUCUGGGCUAGCAUGCACCCUGCUCUCUGCCAACCUGCGUCCUCUCCAGGCCUCCCUCCCACGUCAUCUGUCUUCCCCAAGUUAGGGAACCACAUUUAAGACUUUCUAAAAGGGAACACUCUCAGUUUAAGCUCUUCCCAGUAGAUUCCCGAACCCAAUUAUCAGGAGAUAAUCCUGAGCACUCACACAUUCAUUCAACACAUACUCCACGAGCACCUUACCGCGUGCCAGGUGCUGGGGGAAAACUCGACCAGGGAUGGCUCCUGUCUUCCGAAGCUUACAGGAGCCAGCUUUCCUCAUUUGGUGUGGCCUUGUAGCUAGUGCCUAAGCACAGCUACAAGUUUUUCCUUUUUGCUGUUUUGCCCAGUGCUGGGAGUUCAGUUCUUUUUCCUCGAAGAAAAUACCUCUGCGCUCCAGAGCCUCCGUUUUCCUAGGUAAACAUUUAGCUCCAGGGGGAGGACUAGGACACCCCCCUCCCUUUAGCUGCCUGAACUGAAUGAGGCCCACUCACUGGAGCCAUUUUCAGUGCGACUGUGAUUUGUAUUAAAAAUGACGUGUUGUUCCUAUUCUCAAAUCAGCUUUCCUUUUGAUCCCUUCAGGACCACAAACUCUUAACUCCUCAGAUUCUGUGACAAAUUGACAUAUGGGAUGGGCUGGCUACAGGGUUAGCACAACGAAGUCGAGUUUGCUUAAGAAAUUAGUUUCAACAAGAUUUCUAGAGGGAAUAUUUAACAAUCCAGUGCUUAUUUACAAAUAAACGAAUAUGCUAAUUGCAGGGACCCUCAAAGCAGGCCCUGGGACACCCUCUUGGAAAAAUUCUUAGGAUCUACUUGAAAAUAUGUGCAUUGGAAACGACCGUAUUGAGAAGUUUAUGGGCUCAGACUGAAUCCUAGUUCUGAGAACUGGGGUGUGAGGGGAGAGGGGAGGAAGUGAGCCCUACUGGUCACAAGGACUCCCAGCUCCAGUUAGGUUAACAGGUACUAAAUCCCACCAACGGAUGGGGCAGGCCUGGUCCCCUUGCUGUGACUCAGUUGGGGAAACCAAGGCAGGCAGGGACAGGUAAAAAGGGCUAGAUGAUGACCUGGAAUAAUUUACAAGGGAGUGACACUGAGGCUUCAGUUCACAUAUGCAUAUUUUUAAAAAUAGUAAAAGUAUGGCCAGAAGCGGGGGGGGGGGGGGGCAGGGGCAGUAAUUCUCACACACUGCUGAUGGCAGUGCAACUUGAUUCAGUUCUUUUGAAGGCUAACCUCUAUCAAGAGCCAAGAUAAUGGCCACACACUUGGACCCAGUAAUCCUACCCCAAGGAAAUAAUUCAAAAGAAGGAAAAUAAAACAUUCACAAAGAUGUUUAACAGCAUUUGUUCUAUUAAAGAAAAAACAAAGUUCAAA